AUGGUACACCGAAGGCUCCCAACAACCCCAACAUGCCCAGAAAUACCUGGAAAGGGACGCAUCACAAAAGUCCACACUGGCAACGAAGGAGCCGUACGCGAUGUCGAACUCGCCUUACCAAACAAGCGCACAACACGACGUCCCAUCAAUCUGCUCAUUUCACUCGAACUAAACGGACAGGAGACGGAAAUCAAUAGUAUUACAGGAAUCCUCUCACCUAGCUCAACGUCAGGCAACACCGACACAUCGUCGGAAGGCUAUCCAGAAUCAACCACAAAUGGCCGAGUCUCUGAUUUGCAGGAAAUCGCUCCAUGGAAGGGUACAUCUCGCACUGCCUCAGAGCGUGACAAUCUUCGACGACGGCAAAGAUUGAAUUACGAUCCACUUCACAAUGGACCCCUCCUUACGAUUAUUUACGUUCUUGGACUCGUGGGAUUCCGUAAUCCCUGGAACGAUCUCUCCACGAAUGAGGAUAGGGAUAGGCGAAUCUAG